GUCGACAUCAGGUUCCCACCACCUGGCUCUGAUGACCCAAACCGUGUGACAAUAACCGGGCUCCCUGAGCACGUCGACAAUGCCAUCGAUCAUCUGCUUAACCUGGAGGAGGAAUACAUGAUGGCGAUUGUGGAGUCGGAGACAAUGGCAGCGUACAUGAAGCCCCCGUCCCGGGUGGAGGAAGAGCCCCGCAGCUCGACGAGAGGCUUUGUGGUGAGAGACGCUCCGUGGAACGCCCCCGGCAACAAGGCCCCAGAUGUGAGCAGCGCAGAGGAAUUCCCAAUGUUUGGAACUGUGGUUGCCCCCAGGCAGGCAUCCGCCUGGGGCCCGAAGAAAUUCUAGGGCCUUGAGCAGUCGGUAACUUUUGAGAAAAGCUUCUUGUCCAGUUAGAGGAAAACAAAAGAUUUUUUUUUGUGAAUCUCAGUGUUCUUUUUCUGAAGCUUUGACUUGUCACAGUUUUCUAUAAAAAAAAUUGAAAUGUC